AUGAGGAAAGUUGCUUAUGUUUUGAACAUUGAUAUUCCAGUGGUACCUGAAGAUGCUGAGAAGGAAGUGAAGGAUAAAAUGACUAUGGAAUUAGCUCUCUGGAAUGGAAAUGAUUACCUAUGCAAGAAUUUCAUUCUAAAUGGGUUAACUAAUGAUCUCUAUGAUUAUUAUAGCCCAUAUAAGUAUGCCAAACUAGUUUGGUUGGCUUUGGAAAAGAAGUAUGAUACUGAGGAAGCUGGGACUACAAAGUAUGUUGUUAGCCGCUACCUCAAGUAUCAAAUGACUGAUGAUAAAUCAGUAGAGUCUCAAUCCCAUGAGAUACAUAAAAUUGCUCAUAAUAUCAUAUCAGAGGGUAUGGCUUUGGAUGAGCAAUUUCAAGUUGCUGUCAUCAUAGACAAACUGCCUCCUGGCUGGAAGGAUUUCAAAAACCUUCUCAGACACAAGACCAAAGAAUUCUCUUUGGAGUCUCUGAUCACACGUUUGCGCAUUGAGGAAGAGGCACGCAGACAAGAUCAGAAAGAUGAAGUGUUGACUGUGUCUCACAACAACACCAUGACUCAAGAGCCAUACAUAGCUGUGAUAACUGAGAUCAAUAUGAUUGGAGGAUCAGAUGGAUGGUGGGUAGACACUGGCGCCUCCCGCCAUGUCUGCUAUGAUCGUGCUAUGUUUAAAACAUACAUGAAUGUUGAAAAUAAGAAAGUGUUGCUGGGUGAUUCCCACACCACUAUUGUUGCUGGAACUGGAGAUGUUGAACUAAAGUUUACCUCUGGAAAGACUUUGAUCCUCAAAGAUGUGAUGCAUACUCCAGAGAUGAGAAAGAAUCGGGUUUCUGGUUUUCUUUUAAACAAGUCUGGGUUUACUCAGACCAUAGGUGCAGAUUUAUUUACUUUGACCAAGAAUGGGGCAUUUUUAGGGAAAGGGUACGCCGCUAAUGGCAUGUUCAAAUUGAAUCUUGAUAUUAACAAAGUUUCUCCUUCUGCUUACAUGCUGUUUCCCGCUGUACUUGAAGGAUACAACGAUGCAGAUUGGAACACUCUUUCAGAUGAUUCCAAAGCAACCAGCGACUAUAUAUUUAGCAUAGCUGGUGGGUCUGUUUCUUGGAAGUCAAAGAAACAGACUAUCUGA